ACUCUGGCCGCGGGCUCUCUUAAUAGCAAAUAAGCGAUCCAUAGAGCAGUUGCUUGAAAGUAUUCAAAAUGAAGCCAUCGACACUGGAUAAAAUUUGCUGCUUCCUAGGCGAGCUUCUGGGCACAGCGAUUCUCGUCUUCCUCGGCUGCAUGGGCUGCGUCAAGACUGAGUCCUUCCCCAACAGCCAUCUGCAGAUUAUCCUGAACUUUGGUUUCGCCGUAUUGAUUGCCAUUCAAUGUUUUGGCUGUGUCUCCGGUGCUCAUCUGAACCCAGCCGUAACGGUGGCAGCCUAUGUCUAUGAGAUGGUUUCAUUGCCCCUAGCUUUCCUUUAUGUUGUGGCCCAAUUGUUGGGUGCCUUCAUUGGCUACGGUUUGUUGAAGGUUCUCCUCCCCGAAACGACCCUCAGUGCGGGGGUUGGUCUCUGUGUGACAGUGCCACACGCUGAGGUCACCAGUGCCCAAGCCUUUGGCAUUGAAUUUGUUAUUACAGCCAUCCUGGUUCUUGUCUGCUGCGGCGUUUGGGAUCCCCGUAACUCAAAGUUCCACGAUUCGGUGGCCAUUCGUUUCGGUUUGGCUAUUGCCUGUUUGGCCUGUGCGGCGGGACCCUUCACUGGCGCCAGCAUGAACCCUGCCAGGUCCUUUGCUCCUGCCCUGUGGAACACGCACUUUGAGUACAAUUGGAUCUACUGGCUGGCUCCCCUAAGCUCAGCCGCUGUCACUGCCAUUGCCUACAAGGCAGUGUUCCGGCGGGAGGUGGUGGAGGCGGAGAUCACCAGCAACGAGAAACUCCGCGAACUCAAUGAUGUGCAGCUCUCGUAGAGGAGCUUGCUGGUGAUGUGCCAAAGACAUUGUGAAAGAAAGCAAACUCCUUAACAAAAAGCCUUUAACAAAUCUAGUUUUAAGCAUAAAAACCAUCGAAUUUUAUAUUAAAUGCAAUAUAUUGUACACAAAUAUAAAUCGUUCGAUUAUAAUAAAGAACUUAGAAAGAUCCAUAA